UCACAUUUCACAGUUAAACAUACACAAAUAUGGCGUCAGGGCAGACACGCAAGAUGCUGGUGCUCAGUCGCUGUGCCAUAUAUCUGUUAUUGUUACUUAUUCCUGGCUCGAUCUCCUCCACGCUUCGACUUCACAAUGACCAAAGGUUCAUGCUGCCACAGGAUAGGGGUUUUUCUCUAGUGAGUGCACACCUGGACCGUGCAGAAAGUCGCGUCGUGCGUCUGGAGCGAGAAGUCAGAGACGCUUCAGUCGCGCAUCAGCAUCGCGCACGGCGGAAUGCUGAUGGAUCACCCGUGCCAAAGGUUUAUGCGAGGGCCAACCUGAAUGACUCUCAUAAUCAGAUGGUCGUCCACUGGGCCGGGGAGAAGAGCAAUGUUAUAGUAGCAUUGGCGAGAGACAGCGUUGGUGCCACAGACCCCAAAACAAGCUCUGUGUAUGUAUCCAAUGACUAUGGCGCCACCUUCAUCCACAUAUCAGAGAAAUUUCAACUAUCUGCAGACAAAGAGGACAAGAAACAGGUCAUCUCCCAGUUCUACCACAGCCCUGCCGACAAUAAGCGCUACCUGUUUACUGACACCACAAACAGUUACCUGUGGAACACCUUUGACUUCUGUAAAAGCGUCCAGGGUUUCUCUAUCCCCUUUAAGCCCAUAGAUCUGCUUUUGCACAGUAAGAGGCCUAACCUGGUCCUCGGCUAUGACAGCUCACACCCCAAUAAACAGCUGUGGAAAUCAGAUGACUUUGGUGUGACGUGGGUGUUGAUUCAGGAGCAUGUGAAGUCCUACUUCUGGGGCGUUGAGCCGUACGACAACCCCACCACAGUGUUCGUCCAGCGACACGAGCCUCAGGGCGACUCCAGUAUCCUCAGCAGCACUGAUUUCUUCCAGACCGAGCAGGGCCGUCGCGUUAUCCUGGAGAAGGUGGACAGCUUCCAGCUACGGGACAAGUACAUGUUUGCCACCAGCACCAGGACAUUGUUUGGGAGCCGUGAACCUCAGUCUGUUCAGCUGUGGGUUUCCUACAACCGCCAACCAAUGAGAGCAGCUCAGUUUAACACCCGACACCCUAUUACAGAAUACUACAUAGCGGAUGCUUCAGAGGACCAGGUGUUUGUGUGCGUAAACCACAAUAACAACGUCACACACCUGUACAUCUCCGACACACAAGGUCUGGCCUUUUCUUUGUCCCUGGAGAACGUGUUGUACUACAGCCCCGAAGGCUCCGGGAGCAACACUCUUAUCAGGUACUUUGCCAAUGAGCCGUUUGCGGACCUCCACCGGGUAGAGGGCCUGAGGGGUGUGUUUGUGGCCACGCUGAUCAAUGGCACAGUCACAGAGGACAACAUGCGGUCCGUCAUCACGUUCGAUAAAGGAGGAACCUGGGAACUUUUGCAGCCACCUGCAGCAGACAGCCUGGGGGGAACCAUAGACUGUAAGUUGGAAAAUGGAUGUUCCCUCCACUUGGCCCAGCGGUGGAGUCAACUACUGAAUAUUCAGCUGCGUCGGAUUCCUAUUCUAUCUAAAGAGUCUGCACCUGGCCUCAUCAUGGCAACAGGAUCCGUGGGGAAAAAUCUGGCCAACAAGCCCAAUGUGUAUGUAUCGAGCAGCGCAGGGGUCAGGUGGAGAGAGGCCUUGGCUGGUCCUCAUUUCUAUACCUGGGGAGACCAUGGAGGAAUCCUAAUGGCUAUAGCGCAGGGCGGAUCCACCAAAACUCUCAAGUUCAGUACCAACGAGGGGGAAACCUGGAAAGAUUUUCAGUUCUCCGAGCAGGAGGUGCACGUUUACCAGCUGCUGACGGAGCCGGGUGAGAAGAGCACCAUCUUCACCAUCUUCGGCUCCUAUGCUGACCAAAAACACAGCUGGCUAAUCGUGCAGGUCAACGCCAGCGAUGUGCUUGGUGUGCCGUGCGCCGAGGGCGACUACAAACUUUGGUCUCCAUCUGAUGAAAGGGGAAAUGACUGUCUGCUUGGCAGAGAGAUGGUGUACAAGCGCCGUUCACCUCACGCCACCUGCUUUAACGGAGAGGACUUUGACAGACCUGUGACUCUGUCAAACUGCUCCUGCACCCGACAGGACUAUGAGUGCGACUAUGGGUUUAAGCCGAGCGAGGAUCUGUCUCUUGAGGUCUGCGUGCCUGAUCCAGAGUUUUCCGGCAGCCCGUACACCCCACCGGUACCCUGUCCGGUGAGCACCACUUAUCGUCGCAGCAAAGGAUACAGGAAGGUAUCUGGAGACACCUGCAGUGGAGGAGAUGUCGAAGCUCGACUUGAUGGAGAAAUGCUGCCCUGUCCUGUGGGAGAGAGUAAUGAGUUUAUCCUGUACGCGGUGAGGAACUCCAUCCAUCGCUAUGAUCUGGCCACAGGCACAGACCAGCCAUUACCUCUAUCUGGUCUCCGUGAGGCCGUUGCCCUGGAUUUUGAUUAUGAGAAGAACUGCAUAUACUGGUCUGAUAUUUCACUAGAUACCAUACAGAGACUAUGUUUAAAUGGGAGCACAGGACAGGAAGUAAUUAUCAAAAAGGACUUACAAAACGUAGAGGCGCUGGCGUUUGACCCCAUCAGUAGGUUGUUGUACUGGGUGGAUGCUGAUGCUCAGAAAAUCGAGGUGUCCAACUCGGACGGAGACCUGAGACAUACUCUUGUCAACUCCUCAGUGCUGGAGCAUCCCAGAGCCCUGACACUCAUGCCCCAAGAGAGCUUGAUGUUUUGGACUGACUGGGGCGAUAGCGCAGCAGGCAUCUACCGCAGCUGGAUGGACGGUUCUAACAUCUCCCGCAUCGUGUCUGAGGCAGUCCGCUGGCCCAACGGCAUCACGGCCGACGAAUCGUGGCUGUACUGGACUGAGGCAUCUGGAGACCGCAUUGAAAGAGCAGACUUUAAUGGAGCCCACCGUACUGUGCUGAUGGAGGAUCUGCCUCAUCCUUAUGCUAUUGCUGUUUUUAAGAAUGAUCUGUACUGGGAUGACUGGUCUAGAAUGGGCAUCUUCAAAGCGCCAAAAUCAGGCUCACCAGACAGUGAGCUGUUAGUAGGCAGGCUGACGGGAGUGAUGGAUCUUAAGAUCUUCUACAAGGGAAAAAACAGAGGUCUAAAUGCUUGUGCAGAGCAGCCCUGCAGUCUGCUGUGCCUUCCCCAGCCUGGCAACAAACGUCAUUGUGUGUGCCCAGAUGGUGUUCCCAGCACCACCCUGCCCUCAGGAGAACUUCAGUGCCAGUGUCCCAGCGGAUACCAGCAACGCAAUAAUACAUGCAUUAAAACAGAACACACCUGCCAGCCGAACCAGUACCGCUGCUCCAGCGGCAAGUGCAUUAGCAGCAUCUGGAAAUGUGACAGCGAUAAUGACUGUGGCGACAUGAGCGAUGAGCAGGAGUGCCCGACCACUUCCUGUGACUCCUCUGUACAGUUUCGUUGUGUGGCCUCUGGCUCCUGCAUUCCUCUGGCCUUUAAGUGCGACCAUGAGGAUGACUGCGGCGAUAACAGCGAUGAAGACCACUGUGCGUCUCACCAGUGUGGUCCGGGAGAGUUUACCUGUGCGAGAGGUGUGUGUAUCCGAGAUGCCUGGCGCUGUGAUGGAGACAACGAUUGCAGGGAUUGGUCAGAUGAGGCUAACUGUACUGUGGGCCACCACACAUGUGAGAGCAGUAGUUUCCAGUGUCACACCGGUCAUUGCAUUCCUCAGCGCUGGGUGUGUGACGGGGAUGAUGACUGUCAAGAUGGCUCCGAUGAGGACCCUACUCACUGUGGGGGUGAAAAAUGCAACGGCUUUCUGUGUUCCAACGGCACCUGCUUGCCUGCUAGUGCUCACUGCAACGGUGUGGAGGACUGUCCGGGCGGCUCCGAUGAGCAACGCUGCGAUCCUCUCUGCACACGGUAUAUGGAGUUCGUGUGCAAGAAUCGAGCUCAGUGUCUGUUCCAGUCUCUGGUGUGUGACGGCACGCGGCACUGCGCAGACGGAUCUGAUGAGGAUGCGGCGUAUGCUGGCUGCUCAACUACUCCUGAGUUUGGGAAAACAUGUGACAUCUACAGCUUCCAGUGUGCCAACGGCAUGUGUGUGACAUUGGAAUGGAAAUGUGAUGGCAUGGACGACUGUGGCGACUACUCGGAUGAGGCCAACUGUGCUUCUCCAACCGAGGAGCCAGGCUGCUCACAUUAUUUCCAAUUUGGGUGUAAGAAUGGCCGCUGUGUGCCCGCCUGGUGGAAGUGUGAUGGAGAGAACGACUGUGGGGAUUGGUCAGAUGAGGCUCAAUGCUCAGGUGGUGGAGCUCCUCAUACACCCGCCCCCGGUCCAACUACCUGCGCUCCCAACCGUUUCCACUGUGGUUCUGGCGCAUGUAUUGUGAACACUUGGGUGUGUGACGGCUACGCUGAUUGUCCUGAUGGCAGCGAUGAAGUGGGAUGUCCUACAGCCAACAUCUCUGUGACCCCAGCGGCGACUCAAGCUCCGCCUCCAUCAGGCCGCUGCGCUAAAGAUCAGUUCCUUUGCUUAAAAUCCCGAACAUGUAUUGCUUACUGGAAGCGCUGUGACGGACACAUACACUGCCAGGACGGAUCUGAUGAGGCCAACUGUCCCACCAGCGGGUCAUUGGUCUGUGUGAAUGCGACCCUCUGUGCUGAUGGCGAGACCUGCGUGCGCAACACAGAUAGGUGUGAUGGCUUUUUAGACUGUUCUGACCACAGCGAUGAGAUGAACUGCACUGGCGAUUUGCUUUCCUACAAGGUUCAGAAUCUGCAAUGGAGCUCUAACUUCUCGGGUGCUGUGACGCUAACAUGGUCAAGACCCAAAAACAUGCCCGCCUCCUGCUCUUUCAUCAUAUACUACAGGCAAGUGGGCAUCCAGCAGUGGACUGCGAUGGACACAAACAGCAAUAAAGCCAGCGCUACCCUUACCGUAUUGAUGCCAGAUACAACAUACCAGGUGAAAGUUCAGAUUCAGUGCCUCAGCAAGCAGUACAGGCCAAGUGAAGUGCUCGGACUACGAACGCCAGAGGGAUUGCCGGACCCUCCACAGUCCCUGCAGGUGACCAGUGAUAUCACAGAAUACGGGACAGUGUUGUGCACCUGGAACCGGCCAAAUAAAGCAAAUGGAUUCAUCAGAGAAUAUAUCGUGGAGUACAGUGAGGACAAUCCCGAGUGGUAUUCCCAGCGUAGCACCAGCACUAAUGCAAAAGUUAGGAACCUGAAAAACAAUUCACUCUACAGAUUCAGGGUGGCUGCUGUCACAAGCAGAGGAGUGGGAAACUGGACUGAAAUUAAAUCCAUUGUUCCCCAAAGAGCUUUAUCUCCACCUUCUGUCAGUAUCACCAACUUCACAGAGGAUUCAAUGAGCUUGUCCAUUACUUACAUUACUAAAUAUAAGGAGAAACACUUUGUUGUCGUCAUUUCAUGGGAGUUUGAUGAACAUGUGAAGGAGAGCAGGAAUUACACAGUUACAGAAACACUGACAGCCACGAACCUGACCGCUGGGACGAUGUAUGAGGUGGCUGUGUGGGCUCACACAGAAGAUGGAGACAGUCCCACCGCUUUCUCUCGCCAACAGACCAAGGGCAGCUUACCUGCCCAGCCCUCACUAAAGGCCCGCCCGCUCAACCAGACUGCUGUGGACUGCAGCUGGACCGGACCUACAGCUCAGAUGUAUGGAGUCUUCUAUGCGACAUCUUUCCUGGAGCUUUACCGCAGACCUCACAGACUGAACACAACUUCCAACAGCCUGACUGUUAUUGUAGACAGUGACGAGCAGUAUCUCUUCCUGGUGAGAGUGAUCUCUCCGUACCUGGGUCCUCCGUCUGCUUAUGCGGUAGUUAAGAUGAUCCCCAGCGAACGACUGCCACCUCGAAACCUGCAUAAAGUGCGAGUGGAUAAGACACAGGCCACUGUGAAAUGGCAGCCGCCGUAUGAUUCCCCAAGCAGUCCUCUGAUGUAUGCAGUGCACGUAAGAGACAUGGUUCGUAAGACGGAAAGGGACUACAAGGUGAACACUCAGAAUAACACUGUGGAGUACACGCUGAACGGCUUGGAGCCUGGAGGACGCUACAGUAUCACCAUCAGACUACUCAACAUGAGCAAAGAGGCCAGCUACACACUCAACACUGUUCCUCUACCUGCCCCUGAUGCCCUCAAGAUCAUAGAAGAACAAGACCACGUGUUUCUUUUCUGGAAGAGUCUAGCUGUGAAAGAACGGACCUUCAACGAGAGCAGGGGCUAUGAAGUGUACAUGCAUGACAGCGUGACCAACUCCACAACAAGUCUGGGCAAUACCACAGAGACAUUCUUCAGGAUCAGCAGCCUGUUGGUGGGUCAUAACUACACAUUCUCGGUGCGGGCACGCUGCCUGCUCAACAACCAGCUGUGCGGAGAUCCCGCAGUGCUGCUAUAUGACGAAUUGGGCAAAGGAGAAGUGCCGAAUGAUUCUGCAUCUCAGUCGAGUAAAUCAGGAGACAUGGCAGCUGUGGUUGUCCCAGUGUUGUUUCUGCUGCUGGUGGGUGUGUGUGGAGGUCUGGGGAUCCUUUAUUUCAGACACCGGCGGCUACAGCACAGCUUCACAGCCUUCGCUAACAGCCACUACAACUCUCGGCUGGGCUCUGCCAUUUUCUCAUCGGGAGAUGAUCUGGGUGAUGAUGAUGAUGAAGAUUCUCCCAUGAUCAGUGGUUUUUCAGAUGAUGUUCCCAUGGUGAUUGCAUAGCUGGACAACUUCUCUCUCCUUCACUUUCCUCCCACUCAUCAUGUUUUCAUACGCCCCUUCUUCUUGAUACCCUGUCACUUAGAAACGCUGGAUUUGGGUCUCGGGACCCCGCAGAAGAAAAGAAAGCAUGGAGCGAAAGAGAUAUUUUUGAAUAUAAGAUGCACUUUUUUCAGAUUCGCAAUAACUUAUUUUUUUAUAUAUAAUAUAUGUGGGUGUUGGACUUUGUAGGCAUUAACUGAAGCAAACUGUGAAGAAGUUUGUCAAUGGAUCAGCAGACUCACCGAACUGGGAAAAGACCCUAUAAUUGUAAACUCUCACACGAGCAGUACAUUUGCUUAAAGCCAAAAUAAGCACCUAGCUGUGGGUACAGUACAAAAGACACACAACAAGAAAAAGUCAACAAAAAAGCAAACCUCAUAAAAGUGUACAGAUGAAAAAAGGACCAAUGAAUGGGAAAGAGGUUCGUAGGCUGUUGACAGUAAAUUGCACAGGAUGUGAUUUUUUUUUUGUUGCAUAAAAAUCUCAAUAGGCCAGCAUUCGUCUAUAAUACCUUGUUUACACUUUGUAUCCAUUUAUUACUUGUAAGCAAUAGGUUUCCUUCCCUCUGCUUUUUAAAAAUGUGAAAUUUAUAUAACCUCUCUUGGUUGUUUUAUCAGAUACUUUCUGAUGGGAAUUACCAAAAGAUGUCUCUCUAACAGUUGUCCACAUUGAAGUCACACGCUUAUUAAUUUGAUUUAUCUCAUGCAUUUUAUCCAGCAAUUAACAUUUUUGCGUAUCCUGUGUGUGAUGCCGCCAUUGGUUUUAGUCCUUUAGUGUUCUCAGGGAACUGGGUUAAUGUAGAUUGUACCAGCGUUAUGAGUCACACUGCCACAGGCAGCGCAGUGUGUUCAUUUCUCAGACAAUUGUGCUGUAUAGCAGUCAGUGAAGCCUGUGCAGAGCAUUGGGCCUCAUUCAAGUCUCUUGUGCCAAGCUAAAAGUAAAGCAGAGGGCAGAGCAGACGUCUUGCCUUCCCUUACCAUUGUGUAAAGGUACGUGUUAAAUCCAUGUUUCAUUUUAAACUGGAUUGCGGGUGUUGAUUAUAAUAUUUGUUCAUGAAUGUAUUUUUGUUGAUCUUUUUUGUAACAUGUUUUAAGGUAAAAAAUAUGAAUUAUUAAAUAGUUUUGAUCUCCCCCAUACUGUAAUGUUAAAGCUUUAAUAUGGCCAGUUUACAUUCAAAUGCUUGUGGUCAUUAUUAAUAAUAUUCCUCCAUUGUUUAUUGGCGUUAAACAAAACUGUUAGAUCGAUGUAAAAAAAAAAGUUUCAUUCACUACCACAUAGCCUUAUUUCAAUGCGAGCACACAAGCACACGCGCUUACAAAAACCCAAUUGUAUAAAGAUUGAAUAAUGUGAUGUGCAUAUCGAUUACCACUGUAUGAUGUUUUAAACUGUUCGAGUGCAGCACUUGUGUGAGUCCUGAGCCAUCGUUUUUAUUUUAUUCAUGUGUAUUUUUCACUCACAACCAUUUGUGGCGACGCCUGUCGUGCUCGGUUUCUGGGCCCUAUAAGAUGUAAAAUUUUUACAUGGCAGUGACUGACACUGUCAUGUUUAAAUCUUUGCCUGCCUACUGAGGGUUUUAAAGAUAUGAAUCUUUUAAGUGGUACAGUGUGAGAUGUUUUAUGAACCACUUAUGCUGAAAUAAAUGUGGAAAAUGUUGA